UUAUAUCGCUCAUAUAGAGGCGCUACUGUGCAGUCGAAAAAUUAUCAAUAUAAUUUUCUGGCUAAUGUCAUCGGUAACUUCUUCCAACCUCUUCAAAUGUAAAAGUCAAAUAAGAUAAACUUAAAAUAUUAUUUAAAGUUUUUCAUGCUCGAGUGUGACCGCUACGAUUACGACAAUGUAAUAUUUUAUUCAUAUUUUUUAAUUUUUAAUCUGAAAUACGAGUCUCUAUUUUCCUAACCUGUUAUAUUUGGUUAUGUGGGAAACAAUUUUUAAUAUUACAGAAAAAGAAAAUAUAUUUGAUCACUGGCGGAAAAUAAACAAUAAUUGAAUAAUCGCUGAAUUCCUCGAAAUGAAUGGGUCCACCGAAAGACAAAAUGCAAAUUCUAGAUAUCUACUUUAUAAAAAGCCGAUAAGUAAGGAUAAUUACAAAUUAGAAAUCGAUUACGAGGAAUCGCCACAGGAAUCUAGACGUCACGAAUUUCUCAACCAACAAAAGAAAAAUCGAGAAGCAGCAUUUAACAGUAACCGCGGAAUUUUGGGUGAGGACUACAACUCUGAAGAAGAAGAUGACAUGGAGAUAGAUGUGGACAAAGGCAAGAAAAAUUUUGCAAAGUACCAUCGCCGUUAUUACGAUAAUUAUUUAAUGCUAUCAGAAUGGAUGCUGGAAGUACCUCAAGACUUGACAGAAAACUGGCUGGUAGUUCCCUGUCCUAAAGGCCGAAGGACUCUUCUAGUAGCACGCAAAGGUAAAACGAAAGCGUACGCUCGACGUGGCAAAAGACUGGCAACUUUUAGUUCAGCUCUUCCAGGUGGAUCUAAUGGAGAGUACAAAAGCAGUUGCUCUAUUAUAGACUGCAUUUGGGUAGCGGAAGAAAAAACCUAUUACGUUCUAGACGUGCUCGCGUGGGCAAGUCAGCCAUUUGUCAAUUGUGAUGCGGAGUUCCGAUUCUUUUGGUUAAAGUCGAAGUUAGAUCAGAAGGAGUUUCAAGAGAAGAAUUUGCAAUCGAAUAAUUUCCCAAUUUUGGCUUUACCCAGGGUCCCCUGCAACUCUGAUCUGUGCUCAUUUUUAGAAAGUCUUCCACCUUUGCCUUUAGAUGGAAUAUUAUUCUACCACCGUCAAGCACAUUAUACACAUGGACGAACUCCACUAGUAACGUGGUUGAAACCUUUUAUGUUGCCAGAAGUUCUCGGCAUUUCCGUUCCCUCCUCAAUGGACGAAAAACCAAACGGAUACAUUGACAUGAGGCAUUUCGUUAAUAGGAACAAAACUAAGAAAAUAAUGGAUGAUCUGAUGGAAUCGACCAACGAAUCUCUAUGAAUCUAGACACUUUUAAUUUCUUUUUUAAUUUUUUGACCGAUCUGUAGAAGAAGUUAUUUAUUGUAUUUUUGUAUUUAAGUAGGAAUAUAAUUUUUUAAUUGCACUGCCCCGACUAAAGCCUAUAUAGAAUUGUAGAAAGGAAAAAAAUAAAAACUGCAAUUCAAUCUAA